AUGCAGGGGUGCGACGGCUCGGUUCUGCUGGACUCGGCCAACAAGACGGCGGAGAAGGACGUGCAGCCGAACCAGACGCUCCGUGGCUUCGGCUUCGUCGAGAGGGUGAAGGCCGCCGUGGAGAAGGCCUGUCCCGACACUGUCUCCUGCGCCGACGUCCUCGCCCUCAUUGCCAGGGACGCAGUAUGGCUGAGCAAGGGUCCAUUCUGGACAGUUCCCCUAGGCCGGCGAGACGGCAGCGUGUCCAUAUCCAACGAGACCGACGCGCUGCCACCCCCGACUUCCAACUUCACCGUGCUCACCCAGCUCUUCGCCGCUGUCAACCUCGACGCCAAGGACCUUGUCGUCCUCUCCGCCGGGCACACGAUCGGGACGUCACACUGCUUCUCCUUCUCCGACCGGCUCUACAACUUCACCGGCAUGGAAAACCCCAGCGACAUCGACCCAACGCUGGAGCCACAGUACAUGAUGCGGCUAAAGAGCAAGUGUGCCAGCCUCAACGACAACACCACCCUUGUGGAGAUGGACCCCGGCAGCUUCAAGACCUUCGACACCGACUACUUCAAGCUGGUGAGCAAGCGGAGGGGCCUCUUCCACUCCGACGGUGCCCUCCUCACCGACCCCUUCACCCGCGCCUAUGUCCAGCGCCACGCCACCGGCGCCUUCAAGGAGGAGUUCUUCGCUGACUUCGCGGCCUCCAUGAUCAAGAUGGGCAAUGCCAAUCCGCUCACAGGCAGCCAGGGCGAGAUCAGGAAGAAGUGCAGCGUGGUGAACCAUUAA